GUCAAUUGCAGAUUGUCAUAGUUUGUAGUAGCGAAUGGUUAGGUUUUGCUGUGUACAACGUUUAAGGUCGUAAUAUCAAAGUAAUUAUGCCUUCGGUUGAGAUCGAAGGCGAUCUCGCUAAUAAAGGAAAUGGCGAGCAGCAAUCUGCAACACUAUCCGGCCCGGUGAUCGGAAUAAUCUAUCCACCGCCGGAGGUUAGGAACAUUGUUGAUAAGACUGCGAGUUUCGUUGCUCGAAAUGGACCGGAAUUCGAGGCUAGGAUUCGACAAAACGAGCUUGGAAAUCCAAAAUUCAAUUUCUUGAAUGCCGGCGAUCCCUACCAUGCGUAUUAUCAGCAUAAAGUCAUUGAAAUUCGUGAUGGGAAAAGUGCAGACUCCUCUCAGGCUUUGCUGCCAGGAAUCAAGCAACUUUCGGUAACAUCUGCGGCGCAGCAGAAGCAACAGGAACUCCUUAAACAAGUCGCUGAGCAGCAAUUCGUCCCAAAGGAGCCACCUUCGGAAUUCGAAUUCAUUGCUGACCCACCCUCCAUUUCGGCUUUAGAUUUGGACAUCGUCAAGCUCACAGCUCAGUUUGUCGCCAGAAACGGUCGACAAUUUCUUACAAAUCUCAUGAAUCGUGAACAGCGGAAUUAUCAAUUUGAUUUCCUUCGUCCGCAACAUUCACUUUUCCAAUAUUUCACGAAGUUGCUUGAGGAAUACACGAAAAUUCUCAUUCCGCCCAAGGAUCUAAUGAGCAAGCUGAAAUCAGAGAGCGCACCGGGACGGGCGAGCAUGAAUCUGGUACUGGAUCAGGUGAAAUAUCGCGCCAAUUGGCAGAAACAUCAGGAAGCGCAACGUCGCAGGGAGGAAGAGAAAGUUGAACGGGAGAGGGUUGCGUACGCCCAGAUUGACUGGCACGACUUCGUUGUAGUCGAAACUGUUGACUACCAGCCAUACGAAACUGGAAAUUUCCCAUCUCCCACCACCCCAGAGGAAGUGGGCGCCCGUGUCCUGAUGGAGGAGCGUUUCAUGGAAGACGAUGGUGACAUUGAAAUGCAAAUUGAAUCGGAUGACGAAGAGCCUGACGGUCGUAACGUCAUAAAAAUGUCUACAAUGGAAAACAGAGUGGGAAUCCCCAAUCCAGCUCCUCCGACCAGCUCAUAUCAUUCCAAGAAAGACAACACACAAGUCCAGGACAUGGACGAAGCUUCUAGCGAUGAGGACACGCCCUCAUCUGGACCUGGCAGUGAACCGCCAGUAGCACAACUGCUACCACCCACUCACGACAAGGUCAUUGUGAAGAAAUAUGAUCCCAAGCAAGCUCAGAAGGUCACCAAGCCUGUGACCACGUCCGAUGAGUAUUUAAUAUCUCCGAUCACGGGAGAGAAAAUCCCAGCCUCAAAGGUCGCCGAGCAUAUGCGAAUUGGUUUGUUGGAUCCACGCUGGGUGGAACAACGCGACAAACACACUGUGGAUAAGCUGAAUCAGGACAACGUUUACGCUGCAGGCACGGCUAUCGAGGCUAGUCUCAAACAAUUAGCUGAACGCCGUACUGAUAUUUUCGGUGUGGGUGACGAGGAAACAGUUAUAGGUAAGAAGCUGGGCGAAGAGGAAACGAAAAAAGAUGAUCGGGUCACCUGGGAUGGUCACACAUCGAGUGUUGAGGCAGCGACCCGUGCGGCUCGAGCUAAUAUAACGCUUGAGGAGCAGAUCCAUCAAAUUCAUAAGGUCAAAGGUCUCCUUCCAGACGAAGAAAAGGAAAAGAUCGGCCCUAAGCCAGCCGUUUCGACUGGAAAGUCUACUCUCUCAGCGCCACCGCAACCGGCUUCACAUCCUCCGGUGUCAAUGGCACAAUCGAAACCGAUGAUGCAAACUUCGGCCAUAUCUCAUCCUCCACCGGUGCCGGUGAUGAUGAUGCCAAUGCGGCCGCCACCAAUGAUGCCACCACCUUUCCAAGUUGGUUAUAUUCCGGCAAUGCAACCGGGCGCUCCCAUUGCCCCCGCUCCACCUGUGAUGGAACAACCCAUUAUGAUUCCUCAAGAGGACGAGCCGCCAAACAAGAAGUCCCGCACUGAGGAUAAUCUGAUCCCGGAGGCGCAGUUUAUAACGAUGCACAAGAGCCCCGUCACAAUCCAAGUCCAAGUGCCGAACGCAACAGACAAAUCCGAAUGGCGACUCAACGGGCAAACUAUUCCUGUGGUUCUGGACCUGACGGACACCGUUUCAGCGCUCAAGGCUAAGGUCCAGGAUGAGACUGGAAUGCCACCAGCUAAGCAGAAGAUUUCGUAUGAGGGAAUGUUCUUCAAAGACAGCAACACGGUCGCCUAUUAUAACCUUCUGAGCGGAACAACAGUUCACUUGCAAAUCAAAGAAAGAGGUGGACGCAAAAAGUGAAUCGUGGCUGGGUAUUUGCGUUUGGAAAAAGUUGCGUAUUGUUUCCUUCUCUGUUUGGUAUUUCAAGUAAAAUAAAAAUGAUUGCUCGAGAUCGAGUGAAA